AAACCAACAUGGCGUCCAAGCGAGUGUUACCUGUUGGGUUGCAAACGGCUCUUCCAGUAGGCCUUUCUGCCGCGUUAAGGGAAGAUAAAAAAAAUACCAGACCAACAAAUGUUCAACAGUUAAACGAGAUAUCCAUAACUGCGCAAGGACUGCAAACGGUUGAAGAUAUUGUUAGCAAAGCGACCAAUUUGUUUCGAUGUUUGCAAGAAAAAAACAUGGUUGUGGACGACAAGUCGAAGCAAGAAGCGCGGAAUAACAACAAAAAAGUACAAGACACAUUGAAUAGUUUGAAAGAGUUGUUCUCUCGUUUGAGGAUUUUCUAUGACGAGAGUAACAGACGGAUCGAAAUCCCUCAUGGGGAAGAUUUGGAGGCUCUGAUUCCCAUGAGAACUUCAGAGGAAGAUUCUGAUAUGGAAAUAUCCAAUGAUACAACAGCCCUUGGAAUUGAGCAUGAUACACUUCAAGAGAAACUGAGAAGCAAGAACCAGGAAAUAAAAGAACUUAUAGAUAAGCUGAGAACUUUGGUAUGGGAUAUCAACACAAUGAUGGCUUUAAAACCAAGCUAGAAUAUCAGUUGUGCUUGGUUUGUUCAUGGACAUAGCAGCCAAUAUGAAACCAAACCAUUUCCUUCCCAAGAUACUGAUUUUUAAUUCUCUUUAAUGUGUGUGAUGCAUUUCUUAAUCUUACUUCUGAGAAUUUGGUGCAAAAUCAAACACUAUUCCCUUGGUUAAUAUUUUUUGAUAUUGUCGUCACUUGUCUGCUUGCAAGUGCAUCACCAUUGUAAGGAAAAAUGUAGUUUUUGGUCAUUAAGGGGAGUGAAAGGGAAAACCCCAUACACUCUCAGGCUUCUAGAGGGAUGCUUUAACACACAGUAAACUGCAAGGAGCAUUUGAAUUUGAAAAGAAAUGUAAAACUUUAGCCAGAGAAUGCAUCGAGAAACAUAAUAGCCAGAAAAUGGAGUAAAGUCACAAGAAAAAAGAAAUCCUCAGUGUCAGACUAAAACAACAAUCAGGUCAUUGAAUAUGUGCCAAAGAACUCUUUUAACUUUGGAGUAUUUUUUGUAGAUGGAUACUUCUUUAUGAAUUGUGUCACCUUUCUUUGUAUGACUCUGUCAUAUUAAAACAUGAAUUGUCUC